CAGAGUACUCACAAUCACCUGGUGGGUAGAAGGAAAAUGGCCGGCGGCGGUGACGACGCAGCAGCGGCGAGGAACAAGAUGGUGGUGCUGAAGAGGCACGUGACCGGGUUCCCCAUGGAGGAGGACAUGGAGGUCGUCGUCGGCGCUGUCGGGCUGCGCGUGCCGGCAGGGUCGUCGACGCCGGCCGUGCUGGUCAAGAACUUGUACCUGUCGUGCGACCCCUGGAUGCGCGGCCGCAUGAGCAAGCACGACGAGGGCGCCACCGCGCCGGCGCCGGACUUCGUCAUCGGAGAGGUACGCUUACAUGAACCAACACAUCUGCGUGUGGUUGAUUCAUAUCAGACCAUGGAGAAUUACGGAGUUGGUAAGGUGAUCGACUCGACGCACCCGGAGUUCAAGUCCGGCGACCUCGUCUGGGGGAUGAGUGGAUGGGAGGAGUACACCCUCGUCUACCAGCCCGAAUCCCUGAUCAAGAUCAACCACACCGAGUUGCCACUCUCCUACUACACGGGUGUUCUUGGCAUGACAGGGCUCACUGCAUACGCGGGGGUUAUGGAGGUGGGGAGGCCGAAGAGAGGCGACUUCGUGUUCGUAUCUGCCGCGUCAGGCGCCGUCGGGCAGGUCGCCGGGCAGCUCGCCAAGAUCGCCGGCUGCUACGUGGUCGGCAGCGCCGGCUCCGACGAGAAGGUCGAUCUUCUCAAGACCAAGUUCGGCUUCGACGACGCGUUCAACUACAAGUCGGAGACCGACUUCGCCGCCGCGCUCAAGCGCUGCCUCCCGGACGGCAUCGACAUCUACUUCGACAACGUGGGCGGCGCGACGCUGGACGCCGCGCUCCUGCACAUGCGGCACGGCGGCAGGGUCGUCGUCUGCGGCAUGAUCUCGCAGUACAACCUGGAGGAGCCGGACGGCCUGCGCAACAUGUUGUGCAUCAUCCCCAAGGCUGUCCGGGUGGAAGGGUUCAACGUUGCUGGCUACUUCCACAUGUACUCAAGGUUCGAGGAGGAGAUGGCCCGGUACAUCAAGGAGGGGAAGAUCGCCGUCGUGGAGGACGUUGUUGAGGGGAUCGAGAGCGCGCCGGUGGCUCUAGUAGGGUUGUUCUCCGGGAGAAACCUUGGCAAACAGCUCGUGGCGCUUGCAAGGGAGUGAGUUCCAAUGUUUGUUAUGUCUUUUACUUGUUGCUACUGAAAGGACUGUGUGACUGUGUGACAUCAGAAGAUGGAGUGAAUUAGUUGGUCUAAAAGGUUAAUAGAAGAA